CUGCAGAGUUCAGAAAUCCGAAAUUAGAAAUCACAAUACAUCUCUUCGCGCCUUUCUCUCUCUAUCUCUCAAGACUCGAAAAUAAAACUAGCAUCUCUCUCUCUAGAGACUCCAAAAUAAAACUAGCACCUGUCCCUCUCUCUCUCUAAAGUUGUGAAGAAAACCGAAGUAUUAUAGAGAUGGAGAGCAACGUGCCAGCAAUAACUAAGAGAGUAUGGAACAUGGUUCGCGUUGCCUUCUUCAUGCUGAGAAAAGGCAUAUUCAAGGGCAAAAUCGUGAUGGACCUUAACAUGAUGCUCAAACGCCGCGGAAAGCUCGCCGGGAAGGCCAUCGCCAACCUCGUGUUCCACCACCUCCACCACGGCAGCUCCGCCUCCUCCCACGACCCCCACCUGCAGUUCUCCGCGGCAGGCGAGUACGAGUUCAGCUGCGGCAACACUCCCAACUACAGCUUCUUCCCGACCAAGCGCCAUAAUCGCCGCCACAGCCACAAUCCCUUCUUCGCAUGUGCUCACGCGCCUCUCACUCAGGACGACGACAUGGUGGCUGUCAGCAACGCGCUUAAGGUGGCGUUGGAGAUGCUGGAUAACAAUAAUUGUUCUUACAACAACUAUAAUAAGGACGAGGUGGAGGCGUCGCCGGCGCUUCCCGGGUUCGGAAGGAGUCCGAUGGUGAGGCAGCUGCGGGUGACAGACUCGCCCUUCCCGGUGCAAGACGACGACAGGGAUCACCAGGUGGACAAGGAGGCGGAGGACUUUAUAAAGAGGUUUUACAAGGACCUGAGGAAGCAAGCUUGAACCUAAUAUUCAUGAGACAUUAUCUCCACCGUGUUCAUUAAUAAUGAUGUUGUUAAUUAGCAUAAAGCCAGUGUGAAUUUUUCAGACAUGGAUCAUAGACUUUGUUUUGGCAAAUAAUAAUGAUAAUAAUCUGGACAUGGAUAUGUUGAUACU